AUGCAGGGUCCAUUGAUACGCCAGAGUGCCAAACAAGGCGAAUUUGAGGGGUCCCAGCGGCGCUCUGCCAUUCAUUUGCGGAUCCCGCAUCCACGAAGCGAGAUAGAGGAAGAUUCACACCCGCACUUUCAGACCAAGUUACCGGAAGACUGCGUGUUUGCUUCGCGUCAUAGACGAUGCGGGUUGCAAAGAGAAUCGGAGAUCGAAGCAGAGUUGGAAAUUCAAGCCAACACGCUUUUGGAUGGAAACGCAGGGCGAAGUGCGGAAGCGGCGUUUGACGUCAUCUCUGCUGCACUCGCAAAGUGUCAGGGUCAAGCCAAAAUUCCAAAGACUGCUCCACCCCCGUUCUGUCCGUGUCUGCGUACAGAAUCCGGAGCGAGACGCAGUGCCAACUUCCGCAUGGUAUCUUCAGCACAGCACGCCGCCUUCAAUUUUAGUUUCCGACCGGAAAGUUGA